AGUCUGUCAGCUCCAACUGGACGUGAAGAAAUGGCGUAACUAACACCUCUGUCUUUCUCUCUCUCACGCACACACUCUUUCUCUCACACAAAAACCCUAAAACCAAAACCUCCAAUUCGAAGCUUUUAAUGGCUUAUCAUCAGUUAAUCACUAUCUUUCUCCUUUCUUAUAUGCUCUUCAUCGUCAACUAUUCACUAAUGGUCUCAUCGACAUCGUCGAUCUCACCUUCGUCCCUUGGGGCAACGCCAAGAUCAAAGGCAACAACACCGUCAUUUGCUAGCAUGGGCCAUUUGAAUGCUUGCUAAACACUGCGGAGGCAUGUGCAAUCAUUGUCUGGCCUGAUCUGGUAAGAUUAAGACCUGGGCAUGAAAAUUAUUUUGUGUCAUAAACUUAUUGUUGGUAGAGGGGAUUAGUAUAUUUCAGAUUUUUACAUUAUUCACAUUAAUUUCAGAUUCUUACGGGAAACUGUUUCUUUUGUGUGUGAAGAUUUUGCUUUUUAUAGAGGAUUGUGUUAUAAUUUUGGUUGAAGUUUAUAAAACCUCUAGCAUGUGUUGAGUUCUUUGCAUACUGUUCUUAGUUUUGCAUAAACUCUAUUGAUUUUGUAAAUUGUUUGAGAAAAUGCAUAAAGUUUAUUGAUUCUGGAAAUGGAAUUCUUAGUUUUGCAUAAUUUAUAAUAGUUUUUUAGUUUCUCUAGUCCAACUAUUUUUGUCCCUUUUAUGAUGGGAAGUAUUACGGAAUAUUCAAGUCCUUUGAUUUUGUACUAUUUCCAUUUUCCUUUUACUCUCAGCUGAGGAAAUUAAGUGGCUAAUAUCAGAAGUUUUUUGUUUUUAUUAUUUUAUAUAUGAUGUAUGCAACAUUCAAAUCACUGUUAAAUUUUCAGUGGAUUGGGUUGUUGAUUCAAUUAUCUUGUUUAUGCAACUUAAAGAUUGCCAAAUCUUUUGAAAAGAGCUUCUUGUAGUAAUUUGAUGGCUUCUCAACAAGUCUGGAUGAUUUUCUUAAUGAUGAAGACAGUUCUGUACAUUCCUUCCUUGUAUUUUAGAUUCUUUGUAAUGUUUAUAUAAUGUUGAAAACGACCAUAAGCAGCAUAUCGUUACCAUCCAGUUAAAAAAAGGAAGCUUGCUUUGUCUCGUGGAUUAAUCGGGGAUUUCCCGGACACCCCAAGGAAGCUUGCUUGAGCGAUUCAAAGUAAGCUAUGGUUGUGGAACCAGGAAUGCAGAAAUUAACCCAACUCUAAUUAAAUUUAGGUUGGGAUGGGAUCAACGUAUCAGGUAACCUGAAACCUACGUACUGUGGACUUAGAUAAUUAUCAAUUAAGAAGAAGAUAAGAGUUCAUCAAAUUCGAUGUGUUUGGCUUAUUGAUAAAAAUUAUUGCUUUUAAAUAGUUUUCAAUAUUCUGUUAUUUUUUAGACAAAACAGUGUGUGGACUGUUGUUACCCAGGAAUCCUCUCAACAUGACCUGAAUUCAAGUGUAGGUUGAAAUAUCGUUGGGAGAUAGGAGAUAUAGUUGAAUCCCAAGGAGUUGAACACGGGCACACUGCUAGGCCACUGGAUAAUGCCCUAGUUGAAUUUUGUGGAUUUGUGUCUUAGUUGAAUAUCAACCACUUACCAAACUGGAGAAGGAUGAAGGAAUAUUCUUACCCUUUAUUGGAUGAAUGUGUAACAUGUAUUUAGAUGAACAGUUUCUGGGCAUCAUCUUAAUCAGUAUAGAUUUGAGUGAAAAGGAUGAUAAGACUACCAAAGUCUAAUCAAUACUUAUUUUUAUUAUUGAACAAUGCUAUUUUAAGUGAUUUUGGUUCUUAUUGGAACCGAAAGUUACUUGACCAAAAAAGAAAAAAUGACAUAAAGUGGAUCCACCAUUAGUUAAUUUUUGAUCUGUUAAACCAUAAAUUAGUGAAUCGUCCGUAAUGCGGGAUGAUUUUUUGUCUAGCCCAUUCUAGACUGAAAAGAACUAGUGCAUUUAUUUAUUAAUUAUUGUAAUUUAUAUGUAGUAUUCACCAAAACAAUCAAACACAACAAUCAAUUAGAAAGAAGAGAGAUAUAGAAUCGAGAGAGGGGGAAUAUUACAUAUAAUAAGUGUGCAAUUGUUGUUGUAUCAUGACUUGGAUUCGGCUUGCACCACAUAACCCCAUUUGCUGGCAUUCAUAAUGCAUUAUGGUGGAAGAAGUUUGGAGUGAUAACAAUAAUGUUGGUGGUGGUGGGUUCCUCAUUAAUAUAAUAUUUAUAACAUUAAUGAAUUUUUGUCUAAUGCUGAAAAUCCAACAACCAUUAAGCAAGUGUUCAGUGUGGGACAAAAUACGAGAAGAAGUAAAUAUUCAAUGAUGAUUGACACAAAUUACUUAAAAAUUUGGGAGAAUUAUAUAUAAAUGGAGUCAAAGUUUCAUAUUUACUUAGAGAUUGAGUCAAAGUUUUAUAUUUCUCUAAAAUGGAUUGUUGAGGUGACACAUGGUUUUUUACUGUUUAAAAAAUUGUGGUGCCUAAAAUGCCCUUUCCUAAUAAAAAAGUAGUACCUUCAGUUCAAAAAAGUAAUACUUUCAGUUCAAAAAAGUAAUACCUUUGGAGAAAAAGUAGUACCUUCGCGGGUGUUUAAAAAACAUGGUACCUGGACGCCAAAAAGUAGUACCUUCAGUUCAAAAAAGUAGUACCUUCGAAGAAAAAGUAAUACCUUCGCGAAAGGGUAUUUUAGGCACCACAAUUUCUAAACAGUAAAAAACCAUGUGCCACCUAAGUAAUCCAUUUUAGAGAAAUAUGUAAUUUUGACUCAGCCUCUAAGUAAAUAUGGAACUUUGACUCCAUUUAUAUGUAAUUUUUCCUAAAAAAUUUUCAUAAAAAAGGAGAAAUAUGCCAAACUUCACGUACUUUUAACAAUGUAAUUGCUCACAUACGUACUUAUAACUAUAAAAAAGGGAGAGGAAACACUACAGAGACUGGAGAGUCGUGGUGGAGACUAGAGUGAGAAACUGAGGGGGUAGAGAGAGUUAGAGAGAGAGAGAGAGGAGGAAAUGUCGGCUAAAGAAGGGGAGGUGGUUUGCGUAACGGGAGGCAGUGGGUAUAUCGGUUCGUGGCUGGUCUGUCUCCUCCUCGAACGCGGCUACACCGUUCACGCCACCGUGAAAGAUCUCAAGGAUGAAAAAGAAAAUAAGCAUCUCGAAGCCCUAGAAGGUGCGCAAUCGCGUCUCCAUCUCUUCCAGAUCGAUCUCCUCCACUACGACUCCAUUGUCGCCGCCGUCACUGGCGCCAACGGCGUCUUCCACCUCGCAUCUCCCUGUAUUGUCGAUCGAGUUCAUGAUCCUGAGAAGGAGCUAUUGGACCCGGCGAUUAAGGGGACCAACAAUGUACUCACGGCAGCAAAGGAGCUGGGGGUCCGGCGAGUGGUGGUGACCUCAUCCACAUCGGCGAUCAGUCCGAGCUGGUACUGGCCAGCUGAUGUAGUCAAGGAUGAAAAUUGCUGGACAGAUAUUGAUUACUGCAAGACAAAAGGACUGUGGUAUCCACUUUCUAAAACACUAGCUGAGAAAGCGGCUUGGGAAUUUGCCAAGGAAAAAGGUUUGGAUGUGGUUGUGGUGAAUCCUGGAACCGUUAUGGGACCUAUCCUGCCCCCAGCCCUUAAUGCAAGCAUGUUAAUGAUUCUUCGCCUUCUUCAGGGCUGCACAGAGAUCUAUAAGGAUUUUUUUAUGGGGUCUGUCCAUGUUAAAGAUGUGGCCCUAGCACACAUAUUAGUGUAUGAAAACACGUCAGCAACUGGAAGGCACUUGUGUGUGGAAGCUAUAUCUCAUUAUGGCGACUUUGCUGCAAAGGUUGCAGAACUUUACCCUGAAUAUAAAGUGCCCAGGUUGCCAAAGGAUACCCAUCCUGGACUGCUGAGGACCAAGGAUGGAUCUAAGAAGCUAAUGGACUUAGGUCUACAAUUCAUCCCCAUGGAGCAAAUAGUCAAGGACUCUGUCGAGAGUUUAAAGAGCAAAGGGUUUAUUUCUUGAAUGAAACCUUCAAGCCUCUGCACACCUGGAACUGGUAAAGGCCAAGAACUUUGUGGGAUAAAAGUAUAACAAUAAAGAUAUUGGGUACAUAUUGAUCAAUGAGAUAUCCUUGUAAUUUUGGGCUGGGGUUGCAACUGAACUAACCUGAGUUCGAAAUUGUGUGUAUUUUGUUAUGUUUUAUUUAGUUUAUUAUUGGUUUUGUGUUAAUUUUUCUUUUCAAGUUGAGGUUCUGCUGAGCUGCUUUUAGAGAUAUUCUAAUGGAAAAGUUAUAAUCUAGUUGACUCUC